UGAGAAAAGAGUGGGUGGACAAGAUGGAGCCGUGUACAAAGAGUUUACAGUAGCCCAUAUCUCCCUUUUGCUUUUUACAAUGAUUACAAUCAUCGCCAAAAAUUAAAAAAAUUAUUUUUAUUUAGAAUAAAUUCGCUGAAUUGGCGGCAAAGCUUCUAAAAAAGGAAACUCUUCCCUCCUUAUAUAUCAGGAUCUCGCCCCCCCCCCCCCUCCAGCUUUCUCUCGUAUUCUUCUUUCUUCAUCUUUCUCUCUUGUCUUCAAGUAUGCCUCCCAAGUUAAUUCUUCUUCCAAUAACCCCUAUUUCAAAAAUGAUAAUGAGAGAGAAACACAUAAUCAAAUAGAGAAAGGCACACACAAACUUAUAGAUGACACUAGAGCACACAUCAUCCAAAUCAUUCUACAACACUUGAAGAAGGAGAAAUCUAAAAAGGUGUCAUGAAAGAACUUGCUGGGCAGUUUCACAUAAGUUCAAAAACUGUGCAAAGAUUAUGGGCACAAGCUAAGGAACAAAUCAAAGAAGAAAAAAUAGUCAGUGUCAUGGGCAGGAUGAAAGGGAAGUUCAAUGGGAGGGAGGGUCUCACUCUUACAGUUCAGCAUGUCUCAGCUGUGUCCCCCACUAAGAGGCAGACCAUUCGAGCACUAACAAAGGCAGUAUCUGUGUCAAAAAGUACCAUUCACAGGAUGAUAAAGUGUGAGAAAAUCAAGGCUCAUACUAACCCAAUCAAACCUUAUUUGACAGAACAUAAGAAGGUUAGAGUUUUGCUUAAGUAAACUACAUGUAUGAAGCAUGGGAAUAGCUCCACAGUUUCAAGAUUUUUAUGAGUAUGUGCAUGUAGAUGAAAAAUGAUUUUACAUGACUCAGACUUCACAGAAAGGGUAUUUUCAUGCAAAUGAGGAAAACCAAUUCCAUAGAACAGUUAAAUCUAAGAAAUUUAUCACAAAGAUAAUGUUCUUAGCUGUAAGUGCACAACCACAAUUCACAGAAGAUGGGCAAGUUAAAUUUGAUGGGAAAAUUGACAUAUUCCCAUUCAUUAAAAAGGAACCAGUAAAGAUAGAAACAGAUAGAAACAGACCAAGAGAUACUAUAGUCACAGAACCAGCACUUUUAGUGACUAAGGAGGUCUACAUAACAUUUUUACUUCAAAAAGUCAUCCCGACCAUUAAGGAGAAGUGCCUUCUUAUAUGAGCAAAAGAGUGGUAAUUCAACAAGAUCAUGUUCGGUCAUACAUAUAUAGCUUGUACCGACCUAGAAUUUCUUGAGGUAGCCAAAACAGAUGGUUUUGACAUAGAAUUAACAUGUCAACCACCUAACAGUCUAGAUCUUAUUGUCUUAGACCUUGGCUACUUCAGAGCAAUACAGGCCCUUCAACAAGAGAUGAAAUGGAAGAGCAUUGAUGUGCUGGUGGAUGUUGUGACCCAAUCCUACUAUGCGUUUAAACCUAACCUUUCAAACUUUGUGUGGUUAAGUUUACAGUACUAUAUGGUGGGUGAGGUGAUAAAUAUUUUUGUAUGCAAUGCAUAUAAAAUUCCUCAUGUUGGAAAGAAUGCUCUGUUACGUAAUGGUGAACUUCCUAUAUCAGUCAGUAUUGAUCCAGAAACAGUACGGCAGAGCUCAUCAUCACUUAAGCCUACAACAUUUUGAUUGGAGAUUGUUCAUUAGUGAGGAUGAUAAUACUCAUUCUCAAGAAUGAACUAUUUUUAGCUCGUGGACUAAAGUCUUUUUUUGUAAAUAAGAUGCAGUGUUCAAUGCAAUGUGAUGCAGCUAAACAUGGCAGUGUAGAAGGCUUAUAGAUGCAGAUUAGCAUGGCACAUUUUGUGUAAGGUUCAGUGCCAAUGCAAUGUAUUUUAUGUAGAAGGCACUACCAAUGCAAUGUAUUUUGUGUAAAGUUAAGUGUUGAAUAUAAAGGGUAUAAUAUAUUUUUGAACUUGUAAGGUCAUUUUAGGUUUAAGAUAAAGGGUAGAAUGUGUUUUUUUAAGUUGUAAGGGCGUUUUGUAUUCAAGAUUAAGUUGUAGGGACAUUUUAGGUCCAAGAAAAAAUGUAGAAUCUAUUUUUGAACUUGUAAGGACAUUUUGUGUGUGAACCAAAGUAUUGACUGCCUUGAUAUGCCCAAAAUGGUGUUGAAUGUGAAGCCACUACGACAUUUCUGUAAGAAAUGAAGCAACAUAAACAACAAAAAACGACAUGAAUGAAAGGUGGGAAUAACACAUGCACACAACUUCAUCAUUGACCACAACACAUAGACUUAUCGUAGACCACACAUAGUGAUAAGCCACAAAUUUAAACAAGAACAAACACAGUACAGUACAUACCUUCACAAAGAACACAUAAAGUUCAAAAUAAAAACACAAUAAAAAACAGAUUAGAUAGCAAACUUCACCAACCUAUAUGAAGUGCAUAAAUAAAGUGAGAAUAUAAAAAAGGUACAGAUUACUCCCUCAGGUCAUGCCAUGUUGGUGGUAUGUUCUGGAACCAAGGUUGAUACUAAAGAGCAUCUAGAUUCUGGCACUUUUACUAUCAUUGGAUUAGGCAUCUGAUGUUGGCAAUCUGAUUUAGGGUCAUGGGACUCAGAAACAUCAAAGUCCUCGUCAUCAACGCAUUCUUCAGGGUAUGGAACAAUAAUAUCCUCAGCACCACCAUAAUCUAUAGAUUUGAGGUCAUCGGACUUACGAACACCAAAUUCCUCGUCGUCAUCGAUCGGCUAAAUAACAAUGUCCUCAUCACUGGCUGAAUAUGAAGAUUUGGUGUCAAGAGACUCAGGAACAUCAAAGUCCUCAUCAUUGUUGCCAUAUUCAGAGUCCGGAACAAUAACAUCAAAGUCCUCAUCAUCGGAUCCCUCCUGAAAGUCUGGAAUAAUACUGCCCUCAUCACCGGAAAAAACUGCAUAUAAGAUGACAUAGGACUCAAAAAGAUCAAAAUCCUCAUCAUCAUCGCCAUCUUUAGAGCCUGGAAGAAUAAUACCCUCAUGACCAGAAGGGAAUCUACAUAUUUGGGGUCAUAGGACUCAGAGACAUCAAAGUCCUCAUCAUCGUCGCCAUCUUGAGAAUCUUGAACAAUAAUUCCAUCAUCAACACCCAAACCUGCAGAUUUCAGGCCAUCGGAGUCAAGAACAUCAUUGUCCAGAUCAUUGUUGCCCUUUUGAUUGUCGGCGUGAUAUUUUCGAUGGCAGAGAUAAAGGAAUUUCCAUACCCCUGGUGUUUUUCGAAUCUCAUCCCAGAUUUAAAAGAUCUAGAAGUGAUAGUGUAUGAUAACCGAAGAAGAGGAAGAGACAACGGAAAAUAAAGGUUAGAAAUUAGU